UAAAAGUAGUGUUAUCUUUAUAAACAACAUUGACACAGAUAGACUCUAAAUGAGAUCCUUUCUAUACUGAUUUAGGAAUGUACAUCGUUAAUCUUAAUCCCUCGAAGGUCUUCAAAACAUACACUAAGUAAAUAUGAUGUAUGUGAAGUCGAACUGAAGCUCUUGGACCAUUAGCUAUGGAAAACAAAGCUUUCCAAGAAGAUGAUGGUAAAAAGUACGGAACAGUAGAUAAUGGAACGCGACAGAGAACCUUCCCUAAUGGAACAGAUAAGGAUGACAGUCAUGAUUACGAGAACGUUAAAGAAAAGAACGAUACAGGAGGAGUUGUCAUUGAACCCAUUAAAUUAAAGCGAUCUGUAGGUUUGAUAAGUGGUACUUCGCUAAUUGUAGGCACGAUCAUAGGUUCUGGUAUUUUUAUUUCCCCUACUGAUGUAUUAGACAGAACGGGAUCAGUCGGACUAAGUCUGGUCAUAUGGUCACUUUCUGGCCUUCUGGCGCUAUUGGGUGCUUUAUCAUACUCAGAACUUGGAACAAUGAUCCGUAAGUCUGGUGGAGAAUAUGCCUAUAUGAAGGAAGCAUAUGGUGAUGUCAUGGCAUUUUUAUUCGCAUGGACUUCCGUUAUUGUAAUAAGGACAUCAUCGGUAGCCAUCAUAUCACUGACGUUUGGGGAGUACAUGGCUACAUUCUUCCCAAUGUGUGGCUCUCCAGAAAAUAUAAAGAAACUCGUUGCCAUAGUUGUAAUAGUCACGAUAGCUGUAGUAAACUGUAUAGACACAACAUUGGCGGUAAGGAUGCAAGUAUUCUUUACAGCUGCCAAACUAAUAGCUCUUAUGAUAAUUGUUGUCGGAGGAUUGAUUCGACUGGGACAAGGUCAUGUUUCACAACUAAAAGACUCCUUCAAAGGAAGUGAGACGAACCCGUCAUCAAUAGCCCUGGCGUUUUACAAUGCGUUGUGGGCAUACGAUGGAUGGAAUAACUUAAAUUAUGUCACAGAGGAAAUAGAAGAUCCAAAAAAAAACCUUCCGAGAGCAAACAUUAUAGCAGUACUGCUUGUUACUAUUGUUUAUAUACUGACCAACAUAUCCUAUCUAACAGCAAUGACAGCGGCAGAAUUACUCACUGUGGACGCAGUAGCAGUCACUUGGGGAGACACAGUUUUAGGGGGAGCAGCCAUUCUCAUGCCCUUAGCUGUUUUAUUUUCUACUUUUGGAGCUGCUAAUGGCACCCUCUUCAGUGGAGGAAGAGUCGUGUACGUAGCCAGUCGAGAAGGUCAUUUACCAGAAGUUUUGUCGUAUGUACACUGUAAAAGGGUCACACCAAUGCCAUCGAUUGUUUUUACAGCCUUAAUAAGCAUCGCCAUGGUGAUACCAGGAAAUAUAGGGAGUUUGAUUGACUUCUUUAGCUUUACAGCAUGGCUGUUCUACGGUCUUACCGUUGGUUCUCUUAUACUUUUAAGAUUUACAAGAAAGGACUUAGAUAGACCUUUAAAGAUCCCGAUCAUAAUACCGAUAAUAUUUGUGUUAAUUGCUUGUUACUUGGUAAUUGGACCAAUUGUUCAAGAUCCAAAGAUUGAAUUCCUGUACGCCUUUCUCUUUGUUAUUGGUGGACUUUUGUUUUAUAUUCCUUUUGUUUACUUCAAAAUAGAACUCAGAAUAUUUGCAAAAGUUACAGAAUUUUUUCAACUGCUGUGCGAGAUAGUACCUAGCCCGUAUGAACCUGACGAUUAAUAUUUGGAUGUCCCGUAUGAACCUGACGAUUAGCAUUUGGAUGUAAUUCACUUUGCUAGAGUCUACAAGUGUUCUGCAACGAAUCGUAAUAUUUGAUCACAAUUUGCUAUCUUGGAAUGAACAUAGAUUUAUUUUUAACAAAAUUAAAUUUCAAAUCAUUUAAUUUGAAUAUUGCCACGUCUUAAUCAUAAAACACUGAGUUCAUCAAUUUUCAUAUUACUUAUUCAUAAUCACGGAAGACAAUCCCCUUAUGUUCCAUUAUUUGACGAUGUUUUUUUGGGAAGAUACAGUUUUGUAAGAAUUUAAUGGCUAUAUAGAUUAUAUUUUUAUGCUUUAUUCUAAUGAAUUAUUUAGAUAACAUAAUAGACGAAUUACAAAGAAAUGAAAAUCUCUUAUUUUAAAUAUCUUAAACCAUUAUGUAAAAUGCAUAAUUAUUUGUUUUAUUAUCAAAGUAUUUGUUAGCUUUCUUUGCCCUUUCUAGCAUGACAUCAUUUUUUUUAUUACCCGGUACCUAUGUUGUUUAAUGCAUAUAUGCCCUUUUUAGCAUGUCAACUUUUUUUUUAUAUCACCCAGUAUCUUUGUUUUUGCAAGGUGUAUGUGUUCUUUUUAGCAUGUCAAUUUUUUAUAUUACCCUGUAUCUAUGUUCUUCAUUGCAUAUAUACCCUUUUUAGCAUGUCAAUGUUUGAUAUUUCCCGUAUAUAUGUUCUUCCAAGGCAUACAUGCCCUUUUUAGCAUGUCAAUUUUUCUUAUAUUAUCCCGUAUCUAUGUACUUCAAUGCAUAUAUGCCCUUUCUAGCUUGUAAUUUUUUUAUAUUACCCCGUAUCUAUGUUCUUUAAGGCACAUAUGCCCUUUUAGCAUGUCAAUUUUUGAUAUAACCCUGUAUCUAUUUUCUUCAAUGCACAUAUGAAGCGUGAUCGACAUCUAACAAAGAAGUCCGUUCAAAACGAGGCUAGGAUGUGUCUGGAAUUUAGUAUACAGUGAAGUCUGAGCUGUUUAUCAAAUUUGAGGGCUUAAUUGUGAUUUUGAAAUGAAGAACAUCAAUAAAAGCUGUGUGUUAGAA